GGAGGGCGCCUCUUUGGGCUAAUUAGCCUGCUAGCAUGGGAUGUUUUUAACAAGUGAGGGCAGCGGGAGGAAUUAACCGAAGUGAACCGGCGGCCGGACGUCGGCUCGCCCCGCCGAGGCGCCGUUUUCCCCGUUUCAGGGAGCACGUUCAGCCCGUUGAGCCAGCGGCGGCUCGUAGCCAUGCUAGCCGGCUAGCUGUUAGCUACUAGCGCAAAAUGGCCUCAUUGUCGCUCGGCGGCUCCGAUGCUGAAAAGACAAAGCAUGCGGCAGUCACGGCCAGCAGCCCCGGGCCGAGCCUCCCGGGCCCCGGCCCCACUCCCCCGGCCACACCGCCCACCACACACACACGUCGUUACCGGAGGAAGGACCCGGGUUUACCGGAGCCGCCGUGUUUUUGGGCUGAAUUGUUAAUUUAGCCCGGCUAGCUGUGGAAGUGCUGGUUUUCAGUGCAGUGGGGGAUGGGUCAUGCUAGCAGCCAUUGACGUAAAGCGAGGCUCCUAGCAUGGAACAGGACAAGUGUUGGGUUCAAAUCCCACAACUCUGGAUCCAACACUUCAACAUCUGUAUUCUCUUGUUUAUCAGUGGAACAUCUGGUUGUGUGUGAACUCCACCACCUUCCUCUGCCCACACGCGAUCCCUCGUUUCCUGGUGUCUGAAGUUUUCAGUUCACAGCAGCAACGUGAGGUUCAGAUGAAGGAUGAGUUUAAUGAGCAGGAAACUUCCAUCACUGCAGCUUGAGUAGGACAAGUUGUAUUAAUACACAGAUGAAGUACUAUUACAGUUUGUAAUGUUUAAUGGAACUUGCUGAGGUUUUUUUCUUUCUUCACUUUCUGGUUUUAUUGUUAUUUCAGCUUAUUGGUGUUUUUGUUAUUGACAUUUUGUUCAUUUGAAUGUCUCCAUCAGUUUUGGGAAUUUGCUGCAAAUUAUUUUUAAAUCGUUUGCGAAAUGCAGAGCUGCAACUAACGCUUGUCAUUUUUUAUCCUUUUCCUUAUUGAGCAACUUGCAAAUAAUUCUUUUGAUUUCACCUUUAGUCUGUAAAAUGUGCCGUGAAUCAGGGGGACGUCCCAGGGAACAAGGUGAUAGACUCAGACGUCAGAAAACCACAAUUAUCCAGUUCUUAAUGAUAAAUACAUAAAAGGUCAAAGUUAAACACUCAGAAGCAACAACUCAUCUCAUGUUAGAGGCUGGAAUUUGAUCACAUAUGACAGUUUUUCUUAAUAUUUUGUAUUAAAAAAAACAAGAAAAACACAUUUACCUAUUAAUAAACAGAAUAAAGAAGCAGUAUCUGUAUGAUUUUUGGAUAUUAAUGUCCUUCCACAUAGUUGGAAUAGCAGUGUGUUCAUUACAGGAGUUGUAUGAUGUAACACUCGUCUCCUACAGAUGUGUGAUGGCAGCGAUCCAAAUAAAAAGCCAUUUUGAGUCGUAUUUCUUACAAUAAAGAUAAUUUAAAACCCUGGCCAAUGAUCUGUAGAUUUAUUGUAUUUAGAAGUAAUUUCCAGUUUUUGAGAUUUAACCCUAGAGUUCUGAAAUAUCGGGGGGGUGUUCAGAAGCAUUGAUCAAUAUACCUGUCAAACAAAUCUCAUGUCCACAACCUGUUUUCUCUUGUGUGUGUGCAGUGUGUGUUCUCUCAGGAUGUCGCUCUUCCUGCUGCUUUCAUAUCACACUCUUUACCAGUUGUUUUUCCUUCAGGGAGAUAGUGCUCUCUAGUGACUCUUAUUUAACAGGGGCCAGCACCACACGCACAACACAAGACGACGACACAUGUCCAUUUUCAAUUGUCUCUCACUCUUUGUAUUGUAGAUGUCCCGGCACCUUCAUGAAUGACUUUUUUUCCCCUAUUCUGUCCACUGUCAGGAAAUGUAAUUCUAUGCAAGCGGGGACUCAGAGACCUCCCGACUCCCAAGUGUCCGUUAGAUACUCCUCCCUUGACUCGGUAUGGAUUGUGACUUGUUGAAAAUGUGCUGCUGAUUUAGAUCAAAUCAUCUGAUCAGUCAGGUGAAGACAGUAAUUUAAUCCUUCUCUCUCAUUCAGAGAACUCUAGUGUCUAGUGUGUUCCUAAUAAUUAGGAACCUGUUGUGUAAAUGUUUAAGAAUAUGGUGUUGUUUUCUGGCCAUGAACUCUUAAAUGUGUUAAUUUUAACAUGCUUACGAUUUAUUGGCGUUUGUCUGGUGUCAAGAGGUAAAAAAUUGAAAGAAAAACAAAUUUCUUCAUUGUUGGUUUGAUGAUUUGUGACAUUAACCUCAGUGUCGAGUGUAUUUAGUUUCUUCCUGGUUUCCACAGACGUUUGGAUGGUUUUUUGUGAAACUGUUAACAACUCUUUAUUUAUUUUUCUACUUUGUAAACCCAGCUGCUUUAGAGUCCCAACAUGUGUGACAGAUAUCUUCAUUGUACCUUUUUGAUGACACUUUUUGUGAUUUGUCUUUCAAAUCUAUCAGCAAAAGAAAGUGGAGUCCCUCACGUUGCCCGCCCGGCCCACAGGUUUUACACUGAGGCUUCACGUGCAUCCCGUUUAUGUUGGGAGUCCGAGGGCUUUACCGCUAGCACGAGUGUUGUUGUGUUCCUGUAAGACAUCUGUGUGUGUGUGUGUGUGUGUGCGCCGUGGUGUGUAACGAGGAAGUUGACUCCGCUUUUCUUCCCCUCCUCAGUGAAGAGAAAGUGAAAAUCUCGUUCUACUAGUUUUCGAAGCUCGGUGUGUGUGUGAGUGUGUGUAGACCUGGAAACCUGAUAUCCCUUGUACAUAUUAGCGGUUCACGGUGGUACAAUGUAUUGUGAGUAUUUUGAAUGCUAUUUAUUUUUCAUAUUUUCCCCUUUACCCCCUUUUUAAAAGCACUUUAUUGAUUAGGAUCUCUUUUUGAUUUUCUUGAUCACAGGUGGCAGUGGAGAGAGUGAGUGCACUGAUCAUGUAACCUGAGUGCUGUUUUCUUGUUUUCUGACAAAGGUCUCUCUGGUCUGUGCUUACUUUGAUGCAGCGUCCGUCUUUAGUUGGUAACCAUGCUAUUUUCGGUGGCUCAGUGGUCUGUUAAAAGUGUGGUUGUUCCGCCCAGCAGGAGUCUUGCUUCAGACUGGCCUAAAAUGGGCAGAACUGGUGCUGAACAAAAGCUGCUUGUCGCUCGUACAAAAGUACUUGAAGCGUUGCAGCCGGGACCGAGCUGCGUUGCUAUUGCCUGUGCCUCUCAACAGGAAAGAGAGACAACAUGUUCCCAAAGGGCACCAAGCGCAAGUUCUCCGACCCCGGGGAGGAGCCAGUCUCCAGCGCCGACCAGAGCCAGGCGGCCUCGUCUGCAGCGGCGGUCCGGACGCUGACGUCCUCGUACAGCCUGCAGCGGCAGUCCCUCCUCGACAUGUCGCUGAUCAAGCUGCAGCUCUGCCACAUGCUGGUGGAGCCCAACCUGUGCCGCUCGGUGCUCAUCGCCAACACGGUGCGGCAAAUCCAGGAGGAGAUGACCCAGGACGGCACCUGGCAGAUAAUGACCCAGGCCCUGGCAGCUGCCCAGUGUCCGGCCGACCGCCUGGUGGCCACGGAGGUGCUGUGCCGGCAGACCGACGCGGCAGCGCAGGCCGGCCAGAGCCCCAAGCCCUUCUCAGUGGUGGGGCUCGAGGAGGGCUACCACGCCGAGGAGGUGGUGAUGGAGGGAGACGUGGAGACAGAGGUCACCAUGUCCACCUUGUCGCCAGUCUCCCCUCAGCUGUCCUCUGCCUCUUACCUGGCCGGCCCCUUUGGCAUGGGGCCCUGCUGGGAGGAGGAAGACGACGACGGUGAGUGCGAGGAGGACGAAGAGGAGGACAGCGAGGAGUGUGUGUCGGAGGGAGAGGAGGGGGACCGGGACACCCUGAACGCAGACUCCAGGACAGGGGAGCAGGUUUUUGGGACUUUUGAGAUCAAGCACCCGGCGCCGCCCCCUGACCCCGCGCUCGAGGAACUGUUUUCCGAUGUGGACCCGUCCUACUAUGACCUCGACACGGUGCUGACAGGCAUGCAGAGCUCCCCCAAGAUGGGGCCGUACGACCUGCUGGAGAGCCUUUCCUCUCACGGGCCCACGGCCCUGAGCUCCAGCUCGAGCUGCAGGUCAGACCUGAACGAACUGGACCACAUCAUGGAGAUCAUAGUGGGAUCCUGAAACCGAACAUUCCUCCGGCCUGUACCGAUCCCACAGACUCUUAACAGACUAUGCACAUUACACGUGCAUGUUCUGUAGGUGGUGUCGCUACACACAGACUUUGUUUGGGGGGUGGGGGGGGUUUGGGACAAAUUGGGAACCUAACAGCAAGCCAAGUAGAAUUGGGGACCGGCUGUUGGAGACGAAGUCAGUCUCCUCCGGGGCCUUCGUCUUUUACUGAACAAAACAAUUGGCGCUUGAGGAGGUGAGGGUGAAAUCAAUACAUUUGGGGAUUCACAUGCCCCCCCCCGGCCUGUGGGCGACGCAGUUAGUUUCCUACUCUGUCGAUGAAAUCCAAAACUCUGCAGCACCUGUGAGAGGGCAAAGAUAAUUACCUAUACCAUGAUGCAUUCUUAUUUACGUAUUUUCCAUGUUUACGUCUGUCAGUCAUUCUGUCAUACUAGCUCCUCCCUCUGGUCGUACUCUCUGCCAUUUUGUCCAUUUCUAUUUAUUGUUACAUGGACUGAGGAACAAUUCAUCACACUACACGCAUCAGAAACCAGAACAAAUUGUAAAUCCAAAUCUAUGAAUCAAUGCAUAUUUUCCUAAAGAUUUGAGCAAUUAUGAAUGGAAUAUAUGUAUAUGUACGUAUGUGUAUAUAGAAAUAUAUUUUUUGCAUUAUACAGCUGGGGGAUUUUGCAAGUAUCAUUUGAUAUUAUUAUUAUUUUGUUUCCCUCCCAGGAUUUUUAAAAUUUUAAUGUAGCCAGACUCGAGACAGUGUCUUCCCGUGGUUUGGUAUAACAAGUCAACUGCAGCAGGUGUCAUGGUCACACUUUAUAGGCGCUGUUCUUUCAUUUCCUCUAAAGCUUUACGCGGGGCAGGGGACUGACCGGCCGCCGGCCACCAGGCGCCGGCCGACAUUUGUUUGUUUCUGGUGAGUUCUUCACGAGUCAGUGGACGAAUGGAAGUUGGUUUCCUGCCCUUUUCCUUUUUCUUCACAGAUCUAAUAACAAUAAUAAUAAUAGCAGCUUUUUUUCUGAAGCGCUUUGGAGAAACCCCGGAUGAUAACUGCAUCAAGAAGCCAUAUUUUCUUUCUCUCAUUUGUUAGAACUACAACAGAUGAAGAAUUCUUUGUGUUAACCCAUCUAAUUUAUUGUUUUAUUUAUUGUAUUUAUUAUAUCUAGGUACAGUCAUGCCAUAUUGACGUCAUUGGCCCGAUGAAAUUAUAUUUAUCCAAAUUUCGCCCUCCGCUUUGAAUGCAGUACCUAUUUAUUCCUCAAAUUUUUUUUUUUUUGUAAUAACAACCGGGUUUCUAUUCAAAUCACUAUGCAGCUCUGUCAUACGUGUUUCAAAAUGAUUGUAUACGACUCAAAUGUCCUUUAAUUCCUUUAUGCAAACAGUUGCCUUUCUCCUAAAGAUGUGGAAAAUCAAAUGCAUUUUUCAAAAUUGUUCCUUAUCGUGAUGAAGAGAUUAACUCAGGCAAACAAAAUGUAUUGAAUAAAAUACAGUAUUACGACACGCUUAAUACCUUACCGCAACACUCCUGAAGGAUGUCACUCUGGUCUGAAUGGGAGCUAGAACUUCAAAGACUAAUUACCGUUGUAAAAUGUAUGCAUUUUUUUAUAUUAAGGAAAAAACAUUGUAGCAUCUUUGUAAAUAUUUUUUAUAAUAAAAGGUGCAACUAUA